AUGGGAAAGCUACACGGAAAAUUGAUCAGAGAAAAAAGACAGGCCAAAAAGCAGGCUCAGAAGGAAAAGGCCAGACGAGGAGUUGUUCCAAUUGUCAAGAAGAAGCAGGAGAACCCGAAUGUAGUUGAGAAUUUAAAGAAAAUUCCCAAAGUUGACGAUCUCCGUGAGCGAAAGGGAAUUAAAUGUAUUGAGCCGGAAAAGGAGAUGAAAAUCCCCAAAUGCCCUCAUGGUAAGUUUGUUUUUGACUUCUAUUUGCUCUCCGUUUAGGUCCUUGCCUCUUAUUCACUGAUGGGCAGAAGAAAUGGUUUGGAUGUUCGAUCUACAGAUCAAAGGAUCUUUGCAACUAUCAAGUGGAUGUCCCAGCUACGCUAAAAUAUGAAUUUGAGGACGCGAAGCCUCUUAACUACCCUUACGGCUAUGGGAAUUCAAGAACAUUGUUUGAGGAGGCCAAAAAGAAGAAGAAAGAGCUUUACUGGUGCAAAAGGUGUUUCGCUUAUGUUCAAAUCCCUCAUAAUGAUCCAGUGGAAGGGCCAUUGAAGGAAAAGGAGCUGAAUUUGAUCGGAAAGUUAAUUCAGGCUCCUAAGAAGGCCAGUGAUGGAGAAGCGGUAAGGAUUUUAGAGCGAAAAAUUUAUAAUUUUUAUUAAUGGGCUAGUACAAUAUAAUGGAUGUCUGAUUUCAGCAAUACUGGUUUACCGGUGAUGUCCUCAAAGUUCUGGCUGAUAAUUUGAAGGACUAUGAUUCCAUUUUAUGCAUCGGUUGUCCUACUGUUGCUGAAUUUGUUCAUGACAAAAAGAAAAAUGUCUUCUUGUUGGAUUAUGAUCAUAGACUGGUAUGUUGUUUCAAGAUUAGUGUUUUUCUUGCUUUAGAAGACGUAUAACGCCAAUGUGAGCCCUGAGAAGUUAACUGAUAUCACUUAUUUCAGUCAAAUUUCUAUGCUCCACCGAAAUUUGCUCAUUACAACCUCCUUGCUCAUCAUUUUUACGAAUCGGAUGGGGUCGAUUUCCUCGGCAAGUUCUUCAAAAAUGCCCUCAGGACAUUGAUUGUUGUCGAUCCACCAUUCGGCGCCCAAGUGGAGCCAAUUGUUCGAAGCUUGCAAAGGAUUCAGUUAUUAUACAAGGAGAAGAACCCAUCCGGAGAGUUGACUCAGCUGGUAUUCUUGCCCCUGUUUUUGGAGAAAUUCAUGCAUGAUUACAAAAUGUUGGACUUCAAGGUGAGAAUUUUGAUUUGUUUUGUUGAUUUUUAGGGUAAAAUACGAGAGGUCCCGCUGUUUGAAUCCCAGCUAAAAAUUCGAUUUUUUUGGAUAUUUAAAUGUCCUAGAGAUCAAUUUAGAAGUCGAAUAUGUUAAAGAAGACUCAAAAAAUUAUUUCAGGUCACCUACACCAACCAUCGACAAUAUUCGGACCCCAGAAAAACACCUGUUCGUAUGUUCACCACGGCCAAGGAUAUGAAGAAAUUUGUCUUCCCAGCUGAGGCAGGAUACAAGUAAGUGAUUAUAAAGUGUUUGGAUCGGAAUUGACCAGUCUGAUGUUGUUUUAGACAUCAAAAUUUGAUUUUUUCAUCUAGUGUAAUAUAAUUUUUUUCUGAAAAUUGAUUUUAAAGUCUCUAUAAUCGAAGGAUUUAAUUUGUAAUAUGUUUUUCAGACUCUGCAAGAAGUGUUCUCGAUAUGUGAGCGCGGAAAAUGAGCAUUGCAGAAAGUGUAAUUCGUGCACAACGAAGAUGGGCCCAACUUACAAACACUGCGAUAUGUGCGAGAAAUGUGUGAAACCAACCUACAAACAUUGUGUAAAAUGUCUCAAAUGCCAUCUCCCCAAUCGAUGUCUGGCGCAGGACCGAUAA